AUGAACCGCAGUGUAAGAGAGUGCCGCGACGCAUGUCAUUAAUUAUUGCAUGAGCAUGUGUGGAAUGUAACCCGUUUAGACAACAACAACAACAACAACACACAAACGCAGUGUUGCCUAAACACAUUAUUAGACUAAAUUUUAACCCGUCUCAGAACGCCAGGAGAUGUCAAGCACUGCUGAUGAGAUGGACACAGCUUGGCUGGAUACUAUUGAAAAGAUGGAUGAUGAUAUGGGAGAGAUACUAGUAAAACAUAGCGGCUUACCAGACAUCAUGAGUUCUGAGCACAAGGCAGACGACACUCCUGAUAUAUGUAGCAGUACUACUGCUCUUGCUGGUGACAGUUGGGAGGAAUCUUCUGCAGUGGAAAAAAUGGAAAGUGAUGUAAUGGAGACUGAAAGUACAAUGGCAGCUAGAUGUCCUGUGGAAGCCUCAGACUUGCCUAAACUUGAAAAUGAGAAUGUGGACAUUGGUGAAAUCACACAGGAAGCUAAAAUCACACCAGAUGCGUUGGGCUGCGCUCUAAAUCCAGACUGUGUCAAUAUUCAGACAAUAGACAUUGGUGAAGAUGAUUUGUUUGACUUUCUGGAGAAUAAGCCACUGCAGCUCUCGGAUAGCGAGUCAGAAGAGAAAGAACAAGAACUGACUGAGGAGCAGAUCAAGGGGCGUGAGUUGUACCGCUAUCUGACCGUGAGUGACCCCACCAAGCUACGCUCCUUAGAGGUCACCCCAGCACCUUCCUUAGUAGCGACCCCUGUAGCUUCCUUGGUAACCACUCCAGUAACAUCCCUGGUUACAACCCCUGUAACCUCUGAAGAUGAGUUUGAGAGUUCAGAGGCUAGUUCCACUGAACACAUGAACGAUACGGAUGAGGAGGUUGAGGACAGAAGCGAGGUUGGUGAUGAAGCUUCUGUAGAAACACCACGCAAGAGACGCAGCUUCACGCCAGAAAAGAAACAAGAGAUCUUGCGUUAUGCUCUCAGCAUGGGGUCCCACAAGGCCUCGAAGCUUUACAGGCUAUCAAGGUCUACGAUCACCAAGUGGUUCUCUGAGAGCGAGAUGUGUCCAAAAGGAGGCUUCAAAAUAGGCCGCCCGCUCUCGUACCCCGCCGAACUGGAGAAAAGCAUUCGAGCGUAUAUUGUCGAGAAACUUAUUGCUGGGGAUUAUAUGACGAAGGAGGACGUGAGAAUGUACAGCAGGAGUGUCAUUCAGGAGUCGUUUCCAGAUUUCAAGGCCAGUCGACCAUGGUUGUUUGGUUUUCUCCGUCGGCACGGUCUGUGGUGUGACGGGCGUUAUGUGCGACUGAAGACGGGCGAGGAAGAGGAGAAGGAGAUGAGAGACUACUCUGGAGGAGACAGUGACAGUGGGGAGGAGCAUACUGAAGUUGAUCCUGUUAAGUGGAAGACGGGCACAAAACGCAGAAAGAAACCCGAUACAGACGAAGGAGUGUUGUCAUCCCGAACUGUAGAAAAGUUGGAGAAAUCCAAGGAAGUCACCGAGAAGUGGCUGAAAGACCUCGAGCUGCCCAAGGAGUUGUGCAUAGAUAAGCCUGUGAUGUUCAAGAUAGGGGAGCUCAAUCAGUACCUGACCUGUGGGCUGUGCAGGGGUUAUCUGUAUGAGGCAUCCACCAUCACAGAGUGCAUGCACACUUUCUGUAAGAACUGUAUAGUACGUCACUGUAUGGAAGUGAGUCUGCACUGUCCAGUUUGCAGCAUCCUCAUCCACCCCACAGACCCCUUUGUACACAUCAGACUCGACAGAAUGAUUCAAGAUAUUGUGUACAAAAUACUGCCCAGUGUUGCUGACACCGAGAUCCGCAACAUUGAGAAGUUUUAUGAGGCCCACCCAGAAGUUGAACCAAAAGACAUCCAGGAUCCCCCUCCAAAGCCCAGAGUCUCCCCCCGUGACAAGGAUGUGCCACACCCCCAGUGUGAACCUGCACUCAUCUCCCUAGUAUUGGAGGCAGACGGGCCUGAAGCUGCUCAUGUUGACAAGCUGGAGAAGAAGUUUGUGAGAGUGGUAGGCACGGCAACCGUUGAUAAUGUGUGUCACUUCCUGAGAAAGAAACUCAACCUUCAUGAGCAAAAACAGGUGGAGCUGUAUUGCUGUGGAGACUCGAUGUCGAGGGAGACCUGUACUCUGCAGGACAUCCACGACAGGUUCUACACAGACCAGGAGAACUUGAUUCUGCUGCAAUAUCGCAUCAGUGACUUUGACUGACACCAUGACUGCCUGUCCUUCUGUUCUUCCUUGGGGCCAACCUGUGGCUAGGAUAUAAAAAUAUGUGCCACAGAGUUUGGUCGUGAACUGGGCACGAUCUCCAAUGUGCACAUGGUCAUGAACUGGGCACGAUCUCUAAUGUGAACAUUGUGUAACGGAUAUUUUACAAUUGUGCUGACUUAAUCAUGCAUGUACACUAUGGUAGUGGCAAAAACAGCCCUGUAUAUGUUGUCUUUAGUUUGAUAUGCAAAUGUGUUGUUAUUUAUCUAUUACAGUUGCAAAUUACAUUAGUGUAUGAUGUCA